AUGGAGCCACAGAUUUUAACAAACAUCUCUGAAUUCCUCCUCCUGGGCCUUUCUGAGGAUCCAACACUGCAGCCCCUCCUGUUUGGGUUGUUCCUGUCUAUAUAUCUGAUCACAAUAUCUGGGAACCUGAUCAUCAUCCUGGCUGUCAGCUCUGAUCCCCGUCUCCACAACCCCAUGUACUUCUUCCUCUCCAACCUGUCUUUGGCUGACAUGUGUUUCAUCUCCACCACAGUCCCAAAGAUGCUGGUGAACAUCCAGACUCAGAACAAAUCCAUCUCCUAUGAGGACUGCUUGACACAAGUGUCCUUUAUUUAUCUCUUUGGAUGUAUGGACAGUCUGUUUCUCACUGUGAUGGCUUAUGACCAACUUGUGGCCAUCUGUCACCCCCUUCACUACACAGUUAUCAUGAACCCCCGAUUCUGUGGCCUGUUAAUUUUUGUAUCUUUUCUUCUCAGCCUUCUGGACUCCCAACUGCACAUUUCUAUGGUGUCACAACUUAGCUUCUGCAAAGAAGUGGAAGUCCCUAGUUUCUUCUGUGACCCUAUACAACUGCUCAACCUUGCCUGCUCUGAUACUUUUACUAGUACCAUACUGAUAUAUUUUAUUAGUGCUGUGUUUGGUGGUGUUUCAGUCUCAGUGAUACUUUUAUCUUACAUUCAAAUUAUUUCCUCCAUUCUGAAAGUCUCAUCUUCAGGUGGGAGAUAUAAAGCCUUUUCCACCUGUGGAUCUCACCUAUCAGUUGUUUGCUUGUUUUACGGAGCAGGCCUUGGAGUGUAUCUCAGUUCAGCUUUCUCAUCUUCUACCAGGGCGGAUGCUAUGGCCUCUGUCAUGUACACUGUGAUCACCCCAAUGCUAAACCCCUUCAUUUACAGCCUGAGAAACAAAGAUAUAAAGACAGUCUUGGGGAGGUUCUUCAGCAGAACAGCCUAUUCUCAAAACUUGAGCCAUAAUUUAUAA